AUGUCCGACGAGGUCGAGAUAAAAACCUACUUCAAGCUGGUGGACGUGGUCAAGUGGAUCGGAAUAACGCAGUUCGAGAUGCUGGUAAACCUGCUGGCGUUCCUGGUGUUCAGCAUCAUCCUCACAGCGAAGGCCACCAUGGGAACGCUUCCAUCCAAGCCGGCCGGAACCGACGAAUGGUUGAUGAUCUUCUCGCCGCUGUUCUGUGGAGACUUCUUCAACGCCUACUUUUGCGUGAUCGUCGGCAUCCGGAUGUAUCUGGGCAACAAACAUCGGCAGGCCAUGCAUAGGCUAUCCUGGAGCAUCCAUUUCUUACUGUUGACGACCGGGUUCAAGUAUCUGGUAGUGAUGAAGUUGUCCGGCUUUAGCGGGCUCGAGUAUAGCGAGGUGUUUUCACCGAUUUUUGUGCUUCUGCAACUGAUUGCCGUUAAGGCGUGUCAGUUCAAGCAGCAGUCUUGA